AUGUUGGGCACCGGCAGCUCGGGCGAGGGUCACCUCCGAGAUCAUGCCAAACAGAAGUACAUCGGAACGGCCUUUGAUUCCGGUGCCUUCAGCGACCAGAAAUACCUGGAAAUACUGAGCCAGGAGUUCAAUUGCAUUACACCCGGGAAUGAGAUGAAAUGGGGGCCUCUGGAGCCCAUCAAAGGGCAGUACAACUGGGGAAACGCCGACAAAUCGGUUGCGUAUGCAGAGCAACACAAUAUGAAGACCAGGGGAUGUUGCCUCAUCUGGCACGAACAGUUGCCCGAAUGGAUUGCGGGACUUGAGGGCAAAAAGGCUGAGCUCGAGCAAGUGAUCAAGGACCAUAUUACUACAGUGGUUGGACAUUUUAAAGGUAAGAUCUACGCGUGGGAUGUCGUCAAUGAGAUGAUCGAUGAGGUGUCCGGCAAGCUAAGGGACAGCAUAUUCUCGCGAACUUUUAACUACAGUUUCAUUGAGGAGGCCUUCCGUACGGCACACGCGGCCGACCCUAACGCCAAGCUAUACAUCAAUGAAUACAAUCUCGAAGCCGUUGAUACAAAGUCAGACGCCUUAUACGCGUUGGUCAAGGAGUUGAAGGGUAAGGGAGUGCCC